CGAAGCGUCGAACAGGUAUGUUAACGAAAGUCGUGAGAUCGAAAACAUCGCGAGGUGGCUGGAUUAUCGUCGAAAUCAUACAGUUACACUAUUGCCGAUAAAUCUGCACGUCGAAAUUGCUCAGCAUUUCGUUAAGCUCGAAUUGAAGCAAGGACUUUUUCUCAGCCAACAAUGCGUACCAUCUUUGUGCUCCUAGUUAUAACGAGUGGCUUGAUCGUGAAGAUGUCUGCCAUCCAGCUAAAGAAGAUAUUACCGAAUCUCCACUUAUGUCCAAAAUUAAAUCUCCAAGGAUGUUUACCGCAAAGCCUGGAAUCAAUGAAGCCUUACUUAGUGAGAGGUGUUCCGAAUUUGGAAAUACCCUCUAUUGAGCCAUAUCAUAAGCAGUUUUACAAGAUAAUCUUUCAAAACAGGUUUAUUCCAAAGUGCAAGUUUACAGAUACAUUUGUCAGAGGUAUAUCAAACUUCACGAUAAAAGAAGUCAAAGUUGCUAACGAAAAUUGUGAUAUUCAGUUCUCCGCGUACUUUCCAUUCAUCAACGUGACCACUAAGCUCGACGCAUUUGUCUCGUUGCCGCAUACAUCUGCACUUAUUAAAUGUAACAGAUUCAGAUUAAGCAGCCAUAUUAUGAACGUUACUGCUGAAAUUAUUAUACAUGGAUCGAAUUAUACGGACCAAAUAACCAGAAGAAAACAUUUGUACGUGGAAAAUGUUACCGUGGAAUUCAAAAAUAGGGGAGAUAUGAUGAUAACAAAAAAGCAAAGAGGUACAUCCGGAUAUCAAAAUAAAGAAGCAAAUGAAUAUUUUCAAAUGAAGUGGGACACAUUGACUUCAGAAUUAAAAAUUCGUCUCGAAUACCUCGCAGCUGAAAUUAUCCAGGAUAUCACGCAUAGCAUCUAUUACAAUUUCCCAAUUUAUAUGUUAAUGAUUCGUUAAAAUAUUCUGUUCUUUUGAUUUUAUUGUCACGACAAGGAGACUAAUUAUUUUAUAAUGAAUGUUACUCGCUAGCACCGCUAAUCAGUUGCGCAUUAGUUACUUAUUAUUUUGUUAGGAAAAUUAGUAUAGGCUGCUUUGGAAAAUAGCUUUUUUUUCGAUCGUGUUCUGCACACAUCAAAUACGCACGAGGUGCUCGCAGGUUUGUGGUUAUGACAGAAUUCGCAUGAUAGUACACAUAGUGCACAUAGUGUCUCUUUAUUGUACUUUCAUCCUAUGUAUAAAAGUAUGAUAAAAAACCUAUGUUUUUCGUGUUUUUUUUGCGCAGCAUUAGAUUUCUCGUAUACUAUCACUUCAACUUUCAUCAUAACCGACCAAACUCGUGAGUUGUCGCCCGCAACCAUGACCAUUUCGCGUUACCGACCUUAUCAGAAAUAAUGUGUGUAGAUCUUUUUUAGAUCAAAAGGUCCUAGAUCUUACACAAACGACUGUUGACUUGGAAUUGAUACAAUCAGGAGAAUUUUUUCUCGAAGUAUUUUACAACACUAGUCGAUGGUUCAAUAAAAUAAAUUAUUUUUUGGCAGUCCAAAAAUAAAUUCUUUUAUUGGAGCAUCAGCUUUUUCUUAAACGGCGUCCAGAACAAUUCUGUCGUAAUUGUAAAAUAUAUUCGGACAUAUUAUUAUCCGGAAAGUACGCAUAUGCUUGAGAAUUCUUAGAAAGAAAAGAAUAUGUGCAAUAGGCAAGAUUUGUUUUCCUUGUAGAGGAAAAAAGUUCAUGUUAAUGCGUUUUGCAAUAUUUUUACCUUUAUGAAAAUAUCGACACUUAAAUUAUAUAAAUUUAUUUAUAAUUUCAACAAACGCAAUAAAGAGUUAUGCACGUCACAAAUGAAA